UGUCCAAAGUUUAAACGUGUUAAGUUUACGUAUGUUCGAUUACAUAUUACAUAAAUUUAAUCGUCAUCGCAUUAAUAUCACACUUUAAAUUGCAAUUUUUGAAUUCCUAUAGUUUGUCAAUCAAAUAACGUUUAAACUAUUUCAAGAGGUUGAUCAACAUGGCUGCAAUUAAUUUUAAAACACUUAAUGACGACGAUGUCAAUGAAUUUUUCAAUUCUUUUGAUACUGUACUUACCGAUUGCGAUGGUGUACUUUGGAUAGAUAUGAGACCCAUGAAAAAUGCUACGCAAGUUAUAAGCACCUUUCUUGAGCUUGGUAAAAGAGUUUUUUACGUAACUAACAACAGUACAAAGUCUAGAGAAGAGUUUGUAGAAAAAUGUAAAACAUUAAAUUUCGAAGCUACUAAGGAUAAUAUUUUGUGUACUGCAAAUUUGUCUGCCUGUUAUUUACAAGAUUUGGGUUUUAAUAAGAAAGUUUAUAUUAUAGGAUCGAAAGCUAUUGCAAAAGAAUUGACAGAAGUUGGUAUUUCACAUACUGGUGUAGGACCAGAUUCUAUCAUCGAAAACGUUCCAUAUAGAGCUUUUAAAAAAGAUCCUGAAGUAGGUGCAGUUAUAGUCGGUUUUGACGAGCACUUUAAUUACCCCAAGAUGGUAAAGGCAGCCUCAUAUUUAAACGAUCCUAAUGUACAUUUUAUUGGCACAAAUACAGACGAAAGAUUCCCUGCUGCUAACAAUGUUAUUAUACCUGGUACUGGAAGUUUGGUGCGAUGCAUAGAAAGUUGUGCGGAAAGAAAAGCUGUUAUAAUGGGCAAACCAGAAUCUUAUAUAGCAGAUUUAUUGAAAAAAAAAUAUAAUGUAAAUCCUAAACGUACAUUAAUGAUCGGAGAUCGGCAUAAUACAGAUAUACUACUUGGAACUCGUUGUGGCUUUAAAACAUUAUUAGUCUUAACAGGUGUUAGUAAAUUACAUCAUAUCACUAAAUGGAAACGUUCAAAGUGUCCAGAGGAAAAAGAAUACAUUCCUGAUUAUUAUAUCAAUACAAUUGGAGAUCUAUUACCGUAUUUAGAAAAGUUCAAGUGCAAAACUAUAACACCUAGUACCUAAAAGUAACCUAAUUUCAUAGUAUGAUUAAAAUAAUAUUACUAGAAAUAGUUAUUGGAUUCCUUAUUAAAAAUAAUACGUAAUUUAUUAUACGGGUAUUAAUUACAUACUGUGAUCGCAUUUAUUUAUGUCGAAAAUACACGUGACAAAGUAUGAAAUAGUGUGUGUGUUAAUAUAUAUAUAUAAUACACCAGAAAUAUAUGUAUGUGUAAUUCUAGUUUGACGAACAGAUUGUUUUGUUUAACCUUCUUCCUCGUACAAAACUGUGUUUUUUUUGUUUCAUUCCAUCAAAUGUUAUAUGUAUGUAUCAUUUUAUUGCUUCCCCUUAGGGUUACAAGGACUCCUUAUCUUACACUCUUCUCUACAAACCUUCCUUAAUCUAACUUAUCCUACUCUUGCA